GUGCGACUCUGGCGGCGGCGGCGGUUCCUGCUUCUUUUGAAAGGGCUGCCGGGCUUAGCGAGGACCUCGCGGCCGUGGUGAUGCAGCCCGGAAGGCGCUGCCCCUGCUGACCUCCGGCGGGCGGGAGGCUCCCCGAUAUCCCCUGUACCAGUAUGGAAAUCCUCAAAUAAGGGUUUUCCGGACAGAUUACUUCUUGACAAUGGUGAGGCCUGGUGUUCCGCAGCCAGAAGACACUGUGCAAUUCCGCAUCCCCAUGGAAAUGACAAGAGUGGAAUUGAAGGAUUACCUUGAAAGUAUAUAUAAAGUUCCUGUGGCUGCUAUAAGAACCAGGAUACAGCAUGGUUCAAUGAAGCAGAGGGAUCACAGAAACCGACGAAUCAAGAAGCCCGAUUACAAAGUUGCUUAUGUACAGCUGGCUGCGGGACAAACUUUUCAGUUUCCAGACUUGUUUCCAGAAAAAGAAGAAGUCAUUGAGCCUGGCUCUUUUGAAGAGACCCAGAAGAAAUUUAUGGAAGAUGAGAGGCAGAGGCAGAAAGGCGACCCCAGGCAAGCAGACGUUCCUACCUGGUUUGGACUUUGAUGGAAGCAGCUCAGAGGGACUCCAACCAUUGCACCCAGUAUGGGUUCUCAUCUUGUACUGUCAUUAUGUGGAUGUCCUCCCCACUUCUAUAAAGCCUUUUGAAAAUACACUGCUCAUACUCCCUUUGUGCAGCAGGAUCACUCCAGCUCUUUCCAUUUCAGCUCAUGAUGUUUCUUUUUGUGGAUUGAAAUGCUAACUCCUCUAUCCAUCUCGAAGGCCUUUUCCAUUUAGGCUGUUGCUCUCCCCUUUCCUGGUCUGAAUAGUUUAUUUCACCGCUUUUUACUGGUGUAUAGAAAGGCUGAGACAGCCAAUACAUAUGCCAUAUGCAAGAUUUGGGGUGACCUUUGCUAUCUCUGAAUUGGCAGACAGCCUCAUACUUUGGGUACCUCACACAGUUUCCUGGGAUGACCCUGUUGGGUGUUUGGGAUUGAUGUGGGCACCAUUAAUGAGACACUGGCACGGCUGCGUAUUGGGGAGUGGAGGUAUCGCACAAUGUCUUCCUGCAGCCUCAAAGUUCAUUCUGAAUUUUCAAAACAUGUAUACACAAACUGAGGCCCUGACCCAAUAAAAAGCACUGCCUUGCCCACUUAGUUAUUGUGUGUGUCGUCAGUGUGUUGGCUUUGCCUAUCACAGGGGUCCCCAGACUACGGCCCGGGGGCCGGAUGCGGCCCAAUUAGCCUGCCAAUCCGGCCCGCGACGACGCCCGCCGCUGCCGCCCGCUCUUACGGUGCGCAGCGCGGCAGCGCUCUUCCGGGUUGGGGAAAAAACGCCGAAAAUCCUUUGUGCUCAUGCGUAUGGGCCUCUCCCGACCCGGAAGAAGUCAUUUCUGGUGCACUUCCGGGGCGGGGGAGGCCCACGCGCAUGCGCACAACGGAUUUUCGGCGCUUUCCCCACCCUGGAAGCUCGCCGCCACGCACUCCCCCGCCCGCCGGCCCACACAGGCGCGCGCUCCCCCGCCCUCCGGCCCGCCGCGCGAUCAGCGCGGUGGGAACCGGCCCAAACGCCGGUAAGUCUGGGGACCCCUGGCCUAUCAGGAUUCCCAAGUCUUUGCAUAAGGCUGCACUUCCCUCCCCAACUUGAAUCCGUUACAGUGACUUGAGAAAAGGUUGCCAUUUGCCUCGUUUCUUGUUUAAAGAAUUAUUUGCCCUUUUGUGUAUGCUUAGUCCUGCUUUCCAUUUUCUUAUCUCUUAUUUUUCAAGUUCGUUUUUCAGUUUUCAGUGAAGAUGGCACAACAUUAGGCAGCCUGCUCUGUGGAAGCUGAGCUCUGUUGCUUUUUGGGGAAAUACUAAUUCAGAUGUUGUGGUGUGUGGGUGGAUAUCCCAGAGGCCUGUCCUGCUACCUAAACCACCAGUGUGUGCUUCAAUAAACAUGACCCUUUCCCCUCCCCAGUUCUCUAAUUCAGCAAAGCCUCCGCCACUGUUUAGUAGGAUGGGAAAACAUGCUGGAUGUGGCAGACUAUGAGCAUUUUUCUGUUGUUGAGCUCCGGAGCUGCACUGUACCCAGCCGAAGGCUGGGGCUUUGUUGACUUACACGCUGCAAUAGACCUAAGCCCUUGUGACUGGUGCACAUAGCCUAACCUGGCUUAUAGAGGUUGGCUUGGCUUGCGUACCUUUCUUUAUAUCCAGACUCAUUUAGAAUCCUGAGUGAUCAGUGGGUCAGGCUUGCUUAAGCCUGCGGAUGACCCACUUUCCCUUGGGAUCUUCCUUUCCCCUUUUGCUACCCAGCUAUGCAAUUAUUCCACUGCUACUCAAUCAAAAGCAGGAAGCCAAGUUGAUAGACCAUUGUCUCCCAAGAGGGAAUAAUAUUUGAAUCCCAAGGCAAAGCACAUUCAGUGCAGCCAACCGGAAGCCCCACCAGACGUUCAGCUUCCAAAAAUAGUUUGCAAACCGGAACACUCACUUCCGGGUUUGCCGGUUUUGCCGGAGCCAAAACGUUCGAGAACUAAGCUGUUCAAAAACUAAGAUGCGACUGUAUAUGUGUAUAUGCAUGUAUAUAUUUAUAUGUAUUUAUAUAUGCAGAAGCAAUUCAUACAUUUUUUAAGCUGACGAGCAAGUUUUCUGCCUACCGUGUUUCUCAUAAAAUAAGACACACCUAGAAAAUAAGCCAUGGCAGGAUUUUCCUGGGUUGAAAAAAUAUAAGACAUACCCCCAAAAUAAGCCAUAGUGGUGGGAGCAGGUCUGGAUGGCGCCAUGGAAGAGGAAGAUGCCUCUCAGCGCCCGGAACCGGAUGCUGCUGCCCCUCCAAAAUGCCCAGCAGCGUGCGCCGCGCCGGCGACGGAACACAGCUCCGAGCCCCAUCGCGGCGGGACCCAGCAAGAGCCGCCGCGCGCGCCGCGUGGAGCCCGGACCCGGCGGGACCCAGCAGCGCCGACAAAGCGCCCAGCAGCAACAGCAGCCAAUUCCGGGGCGCCAAGCCGCGACAGGAAGAGGAGGUAAUUUUUUAAAAAAAUAAGACACCCCCAUAGGCUUAUUUUCUUAAGUAAAUUAAUAUAAGACGGUGUCUUAUUUUAAGAGAAACACGGUAGUUAUAAGGAUGCUCUGUUCAUCCUAUGAUACUUACCUGGUUCACAGUAGGGCAUUUCUUCCUGACUCCCUUUUCCACAACAAGGCUUUAGGCAAGGAGAAAGUGAUUGCCUAGGGAUUCAAUUGUGCUAAGCUGCUUCUGGUGAACUUUGGCUUCAUUUCUGCAUAACAUUGCUGCUCAGCUGAAUAUGCCCUCAGAAGAAAAAGAUAGCAGCAGCAGCAGCAGUUCUUCAGAUCUGAAGAUGGAAGGUAGUAGAAAGCCAGGAGAUGAACAGGACACAGAGAGAAUCAAUCCCCUCCCAGUUUCUUCUAGCUACACCCAUGGGCUCUACACUGGAGCCUGGAUGGCUGGACAGAGGAAUUGUUUGGGGAUGAGGAUAUUUAUUGAAUGUGGUGCCAGCUUGUCCUCUUGUGUAAUUCUUCUACAAAUGUACAAAACAACACAGAAUGUCAAAGCUUGGUGAGUGCUUUGGCUUCUACUCAGCUGAUCUGUCUGGAUGGUAGAUUAUUGAUCUUUGGGAGGCAAAGGGUCAUGAUUCGUGCUUUCUUAACCAGCAACAAAGCGAAAUCUCUGAAUAGUGAAUUGGAUAAAGUGGUAGUUUCACAAAAGCUUAUACCAUAAUAAAUGUUAAUUUUUACAAUG